CGUUCAGCCAGUCAGGAGUUGAGUUGGCAGGAGUAUAGUAGUUUAGUUUAGUUAGGCAGAGAACUUACAAGCGGUAAGUUGGAGUAGAGACUGCUCCUGCAUGAAAUCUGGAUUAUGCUCUCUCUAGGAUUCUACCAGGAUUUUAAAGUGGAUUAUUAAAGUAACAUGGAUCAAUUGAAGAGGGCAACAAAUAAACUAGCCAUGUCUAAGAAGCGAAAGAAACACCAGGGGGCGUUACAGCAGGAGGUGCCAUCUUUCCUGACCAACUUUAGUGAGAUGAUCCGACUCUCACCACCCCCAGCGCCACCUUUGUUACUAAGGGGCUGGUCAGGGAGUUCAUCAAACCAAGUGAGCACAAAGGUGAAAGUUAUGCUAAGAAUCUCUCCGUCAUACAUCAGCGCAAGAACCAAUCAUGAAGCUUCCGUUUUAAGUGUAGACCCAAGAAAGAAACAAGUGACUGUCUUUGAUCCGUCCAAUGUUGGCUAUGCCACCUCGAACAAACGCAGCGUUAGUACAGCACCAAAAAUGUUUGGCUUUGAUUCAGUCUUCUGCGAAGAUGACUCACUGUCUGAGAUAUGUGGAAGCAGUCUGAUAGAGAUUAUACAAGCUGUGGUAGAUGGCACUGAUGGUUGCCUCUUCUCUUAUGGGCACUCCAAAGUUGGCAAGACCUUCACAAUGAUAGGAGUGGAUGAUAACCCCCAGAACAUGGGCAUCAUACCAUGUGCAGUGGCGUGGCUAUUUCGACUGAUAAAUGAACAGAAGGACCGAACAGGUGCUAGGUUUUCGGUGCGAGUCUCCGCAGUUGAAGUGACGGGGAAACAAGAAAAAUUGAAAGAUUUACUCUCUGAAGUAGCUGCAGGUGCUGAUAAUGGUGGCAACACUGCCCCUGGUGUGUACCUACGUGACGACCCAAUCUGUGGGGCUCAGCUAGAAAACCAGAGUGAAUUACGAGCCCCUACUGCGGAAAAGGCAGCAUACUACCUUGAUGCAGCUAUUGCAGCCAGGUCAGCACCUGCGACUGAGGAGGAGGCCAGGAACUCUCAUUUGUUGUUUACUCUUCAUGUUUACCAGUAUAGAGUGGAGAAGGUCAAUAGAGGCCUGGGAGGGGGAGUUGCUGGUGGCAGGAGUCGUCUACAUUUGAUAGAUCUUGGUAGCUGUAGCAAGGCCAAGGAUGGCAGUCAGGCUCUCAGUCUAUCUGCACUUGGAAAUGUCAUAACAGCAUUACUCAAUGGACAGAGACAUGUCCCCAAUAGAGAUAGUAAGCUUACACAGUUGAUGCGCGAAUCACUGGGUAACCUAUCAUGUAGGACAUGCAUGAUCGCACAUGUGUCGCCAAAUGUCACCCGCUACAACGAGAGCUUGCAGGUGAUCCAACUGGCUGCUAGGAUUCACAGGAUGAGAAGACGCAGAACAUCUAAGUUCUCCAGCGCAAGUUCAGAUGAUAGUGGUAGCUCAUGCUCUGACAGGAUGUAUCGACGCAGAGUACCCCGACUUGGUACAUUACGUGAGGGACCACGUUCUGAUCCAGAAUUUACAGACAGCAGCGAACAAUCUUGUGAUACAGUGAUAUAUGUUGGCAGGAAUGGUUUACCUAUGAGUGAUAUUGAAUUGACUGAUGGAGAAAGUCCACCAAAAUUUUUCCGUCGCACAAGUGGGUCAAGAUCAUCAGGGGAUGAGAGUUCGUAUUCAAAUCGUAGUGGUGGCUCGGGGAAACGUAUGCCUAGGACAAACCCUAUGCGACGAGGACCUUCCCCCACAGUAGAAAUGUUACUAAGGACUCAGAAUCACCCCCCACAACUGCCAAAUAUGGCGAAUUAUCAACCACCACCCCCAGGCCAAGAAAGGAAUAAUACCCUACCCCCAGGAUCAGUAGCUAGGAUACCUCAAUAUGCAGCAAAUCCCGGUGUACAGCAAACUCACCGACAAUACCCAGGGUCCCCUGUACCUGGUCAACCUCCAGGUCAAAAUGUUUACCCAGGAGGCCAAGGUCCACCCACGAGUCAGAAUAUAUACCCUGGAAUGCAGGGUCCCCCCACAGGAUACCCAGGGGUUCAUGUACCAUACAGUGGGGCUAAUGCUUACCCCGGGAGCCAGAUUCCUCAUCCCCAGCCUGGUCACCCUGCUCCUAUCAACACUGUGACACAGUAUCACCCUGGGGCAAAAAACAUGUACACCACAGUUCAAGCUGAUGUCCACAGCGCAGAAAACCAGGCACCUCCCCCUAACUCUGAAUUCUGGGUAGAUGGACCCCCAAUGCAACGCCAAAAUCCUGCAGGUGCGGUUUACCCAAAACCAAAUAAGGGAUCAGAACAGUGGAUAGACGGACCUCAGAACUUUGUACAGGCAGAUGCCCCAAUGUCCCCAAUACCACCACGUCAUGUAAAAAGGGAGUUAUAUACAGUACAAGAAGCUACACAUCGACAUCUUGACCAAUCAAAACCCCCUCAUAUGCCAAAGUCACACAUCGCAGAGAUUUCCAAGCCAUGUAGCCAAUCGCCAAAACCUCAAAUUACUCAACAAUCAGAGACUAAAUCGCAAAAGGAUAAAGCAUACCAGUCAUUAAAGCAAUCAAGGCGUACAGAACAAUCUCCAAAGCUUCAUAGGAAAGUGUUAGAAAAGCCUAUGAAUCCAUCAGAAGCAUGGAUCGAUGGCCCAAAUGAAAUGACAAUCAAUAAACCAAAAGGAAAUGUAAUGGAAAAUCCCAAACCUUGUACAUAUAUAAAAACUGCACAAAUUAGAAACAUUGGUGAUGCUAAAACAUUACAAUCGUCACCAGCACGCGUUCAUAAACCAACUGAAAAAACCUUAGAUACGGCGAGCCUUAAAGAACAUACAGAGAACUCUUCAAAAGAGGAGGAGGCUUUACUUUCAGAUCAGCCUCCCUCUCUGGUAAAACCUUUUGUGAUAGACUGGGUUGAGAAACAUAGUACGGGUAAUCCUUCCAAUAAAACAACAACAGAUACAUGUAACACAACACCACCUCGUCAUAGUAGUCCGCAUAGAUCUGUGACAUCAUCGAAAAUUGAUCCCGCAGUUGGUGGUUCUGGGUUGAAAUAUACAGACAUUAUGGAAAUGGCUGAUCAGCAGCAUCAACAAGCUGUAACUGAUCAACCACGAUCCCAGGGAGCAGCGUCAAAUGAUGCGUCAAAUCCUGCUUCAAAUCCUGCAUCAAACACUGCAUCAAAUACAUCGAAUCAUAGUUCCCCCGCUAGUGGCUUAUAUAAAGACAAUCUCCCCCCUCCAUCCAGUCCAUCAUUACGUUGUGCAGCUUGGAUUAAAUCAUUGUGCCAAAGUGCACGUGCACUCGAACAUAAAGGAUCAGACUCCAAUAUUGAAACUGUUGAAAUCACAAACAAUUUAGAAACUAAAAUCAAAACUAAAACGAGUUGUGCUAAUUCGGUGAUUGCACAAUCCAAUGACAAUCUUAUGGCUUGCCAAACCAGUAUAGAAACGCAGAAAAUUGACAUUGAUUAUAUGAAUGAUAAAAUCACUGUGACAACUACGACGGAGAAAAAGAACUUUCAGGAAAUGUUAUGCAAUAACAGGGAGAGCAUAUACGAGAUUGAACUUGAUGAUAAUCUUGAACAGGGGAGACGGAAUGGUGAAUGGGAAAAUGACACUUUUAGUUCAGCUUCAUUACCAAUGACAAGCAUGUCAACAACGUAUGAUAAAGCUCCUGCACUGACACCUAUUGAGGAAACUCCAGCAAGUGCGUCUGACAUUUUAACUGAGCUUAAACCUGUCGAUAAUCCAAAACCAAAUUGUGAAAUUCAUGAAUGCUUAGAUCAAGGUGGAAAAGAUGUUUCGCCCACUGUAGACAUUUGCCCCGAGUGUAACGAGACUGUGAGUGGGAAACAUCAGUGUGAGGGGGGUAGUUAUAAUACAGAGGACUCUAAUAGAAAAAUAGGUCUCCCUACAUGUCUAAGAGUGCGUCCUGAUGGUGCCUCGAAUACAAGUUUAAAUGAGAUUGCCAAUAGCAAACCUAUGUUUACAUAUGGGACUCCAUUAGAAACUAUUGAAAGUGAGACAUGUUCAAUGGUGAGUAGCAAGGAUGCUGAGGCCAUGUCACAAACAGAGGAUACGACGUCAUUGAAAGCAGAUCUACCCUCACCUAUGUCCCCAUGUGUUCCUUUAUCUCCCACACUUCCCAUAUCGCCACCCGUGUGCAACAUCAGACGUGAUGUCAUAGGCCAAUCAAUGGAAGAUACCCGCAUUGUUAGUCCAAUGGCAACUCCAGCAUCAGAAAGACGCAAGAAGCAGCCACCCCCUGUGCCCAUUAGGACAUCAUCACGACCCUCUACACCUGCUGUAGCCAUGAGUCCUAAUUUGCGCUCAAAAUCGGCACCUACUACUCCCAGUAGGCUAGCACGUCCCCUAACUCUCGCCAAACCUAGUCUUGAAAGCAUCGAGAUAGAUCCUGUGGUGCCGACUGCAGCUACAAAUAGUAGCCCAAUUAAGAUCUCAAAAGAAAAAAGCAGCAAACUUCAAGCAUUGAAGAAAUCACUCUCAAAUCAGCUUCAUUUCAGAUCUAGCGCAAAUGGCACUUACUCAGCAAAUACAAUUGCUGCGAAGAACUCUGCUCUGCCAAAAUCACCAUCUGUUAAAACUUCAACAAAAAAUUCAACGCCACAAAAACAAACUCAGUCUAAAAAUACAACUCCUUCCAAAGUUAUUCCAAGCAAAAUUCCAUCUUCAUCCAAAAUUGCGUCCCCAUCUACAAAAAGUGCUCCAUCAUCCAAAACAUCAUCACCAGCUAAAAGUUUAUCUUCCCAGAAAACAACACCCACAAAAAGCCGUCUUCCCAUAUUUGGUUCAAGCAAACCACCAACAUCGCCCGCUAAAAAUAAAGACAAGAAAGACAAAAGUAAAGUUGGAAACGAAAGAGUGUCAAAACUCAUGGGUGGUAAAAAUACAAAAAAAGGCAAUGAAUCUGAUAGCGGAAAUGACAGUAGCGCAAGUUCAAAAGAGAAAAAGUUCCUUUCACCUUAUUCUUUUAUCACACGUCCUCGACCCGCAAGUCAUUCCAGUAGUGGCCAUGGCAGUGACAUAAGCAGUAAUAUAAGUGGCCACAAGAUUCCAAGCAAGAAGAGCGAGACAAGUAGCGGUUAUGAAAGUUUGGUCCAUGACAUCACAGGGUCCUCAUCGCCACAUGACUCUACAGAUGAAAGCUCAUGUUCAGAUAAAGAUAGGGGGUCACCAUUCAAGAUGCCAAAGAAAGGCAAAUGGAGAAGUAAAUCAGCGCCCCCUAGAGCCAACAUUGCUCAAGGCAGCCCCAGUUUCAGUCGGGCCUGGCCAGACACUAAGCUAAAAGACCUGGAGCCUGUCACCCUUACAGACUAUCAGCAUGAGGACUUGGAGAACCAACAGCGCAGGAGGAAGAAAGAAGCUGAGGUUCAAGCUGUGGUUGAGAGACGGAAGCGUAUCAACGAGUUGCGUGAUAAGCAGGCUGAAUUAAAGGAACAACUAGGUGAAGCAAAGGCUAAACUAUCUGCAGGAGACAACGCUUGGACUUGUGACUUACGCAUCGCUGCAUUGACGAAUCGGGAAGAUGAUGAGUACGUUGAAGAACUUGAAAAAGAGACAUCUAUAUUACAAAAGAUUGUCGAGACAUGCCAGUCUAGGAUCAUGAUGGUCACAAGUUUCGACAUUACUAUAUAAGGAGACAAUUGAAGCCAAGAUCGUUGGUACUACAAUUAAAGAUGUGUACUUCACUAUACAGAAUGCCUGUUUAGAGAUAUGCUAAUACAAUGACAAUCAUACAGAAACAAUCUAAUAAAUAGACUCGGAAAAUUAAUCAAAUUGGGUAAUAUAUCUUUUUUGAGAUUGUUUGUUAGAUUGUGAUAAAGCACUGCUACAUGUAGAUGUCAAGAAACAGAUUUGGGCAUCUGUAAAUAAUUUGGUUUAAAGGCCCAAGAUAGAUAUUAUAAUACUCAGACACACUUGAGCGAGAUUGAAAUGUACUGAACUGUGAAAAUAUCUGACAGUGAUAAAAACUUACUAAGUGUAACAUUUCCAGUGUUUUCAGCAUUACAAUUUUGAAAACUAAACAUUGAAUAAAAUUGAUGAUCUCAAAAGUUAAGGUGCCUUUAAAGGCAAUAAUUGAUGUAAAAAUAUUGUUCAUUUUAUCACAUUUAAAGGAAUAUGAGUGAUGUAAUGUCAUUUCGAAAUAUGCAUAGAUUAGUUCUUGAUAAGAAUACAAUAAUUGGUGAACAUUAGUUAAAGUGUAUAUGUCAUUUUUGAAAAUUUUCUACUUUGUGUCUAGAAGUAUUGCUUGAAUAAACUGCAUUUUUAUACAUCAUUUACAUACUGUUCCAGUAUAUGUACAUCACAUGUAUGUUUCCUUGUUAUAGUGCAGUGUUCAGCAUUUCUUGUGACCAGACAAUGUGUUUGGCUUUUCAUUUUAUAACAUGGAAUUUGUGUUAAUGUUUCUUCCAAAAUCUGACUUGCUGAUUAUUGGAUAUGGCUUAUUGUAUUCAUAGAUGUAUUUCCCCGUUGUGUUCAUUCAUUUUUAAGCAUUUUACAUGAUGUUUGUUUUACAUGUGAAACAUGUAUACGAAGACACAUUUUUAAUCCAAAAUGGUGUACAACAUACAAGCAUAUGGAACAUUUACUGUAAAUAUGAUCACUUUUAUAUGAAGCUUUCGGGUUAAUUUUCAACCCUUUAAAAUAAGAAUGUAGAUAAUAUGUAGGGUGUGUGUGUACAUGUGAAAAUGUGUGAACGUUUGAGUGGUGAUCGCUAUAUUUUAUAUUUCUGGAUAUACUGAUGAAAUUUUAGUAAUCCAACUGUAAUUUAGUUGAAGAGUAUUUGAUAUUUCGGUAACUGCCUGCCUUGAUUUCUAUGAUGGGUGUAUUUCCCAGUUUUAUGAAAUGAAAUACUUUGGCAUGGCAUAUGUUAGUAAUAACAUUGAAAAUCAGAAAAUAAUUAUGAAUAUGAAAUUAGACAUAAUAUAAUUGAAGGAAAAUUAGAAAGCACAAAAAAUACCAAACAUAAUUUGGCAUGUUGAAGAGAAAAAUUGAAAUAUUUGAUAAUAAGUCUGCCCGCUGUAGUUUAUUUAUGUAGCUUUUAGUCAAUUAUUUAAAUUAUAUUUAGAUUUAUACUCUGAGUAUAAACAGGAAAAUAUUUUUAUUUAUCAAAAUUAUUGUAUCCAUAUGUUCAUGUACAUAUUUUACCCUUAUUGUCAUAAAGCUUAUUUCAAUAUUUGUACAUUUUGUUAGCGAUGAAUGUAGAUAUUUAUUUAAAGAUGUAAUAAUGUAUGGUUUAAUUAUGGCCGCUGCAGACCUCAUUUGUGCAUCAUUUUAUUGCUAUAAUUGUAUAUUGGGUAAAUCCCAUUUUAUAUAACAUGUACAUUGUAUACCAAGACAUGACUAUAUAAAUGAAUAAAUAAAUGAAGAAUAUAAAAUUAAA